GAAAGCCGCCAUUUCCUCCUGUUUUUUUUUUGUUGAGCGGCGUGGGAUUUAGGCUGUCUUUUGUUUUAGAGACUACUGGAAGAAAAUACCGGAUUCAAAAAUAAAAUGAGUUUACCUCUGAACCCAAAGCCCUUUCUCAAUGGUCUAACUGGUAAACCAGUUAUGGUAAAAUUGAAGUGGGGAAUGGAAUAUAAAGGCUACCUGGUUUCAGUGGAUGGGUACAUGAACAUGCAGCUGGCUAACACAGAAGAAUAUGUUGAUGGAGCAUUGGCUGGUCACUUGGGAGAAGUUCUUGUUAGAUGCAACAAUGUUCUAUAUAUAAGAGGUGUUGAAGAAGAGGAGGAAGAUGGAGAAAUGAGAGAAUAAACAUUUUGUAAAAGAGAAUCAUUCCUUUUAUAUCAGUUGUGUAUGAAAGAGUUGUAUGACUUUGUAACUGAUUUAAGUUUUUGGUUUGAUUGUUUCUUGCUGAACCAGUUGUUUUUAGUUUAACUUUGUUUUCCAUGCCGUGUGCUUCAAGAACCGCAUAUAAGUAAUAAAAUUGUGCAUAUUGCACAUUUCUUAACACUGUUUAAUGUGCGGUAUGACUCAGUCAAAUUAGGUAAGUGCCAACUAACCUUAUCUGAAGAAUUUAAUGACUCAUGGAAUAGUAAUGAUUCAUUAAGUUUAGUACUGAUAGUAAUCUAUAUAGGAUUGCUAUUUGAAAUUGAUCUGUCUGUCACUAUUACAUAAUUUAAGAUUGACAAGUGGAAUUUCUCCUUGGGAUUCCAGAUAUUUUCAUGCAGUAACAGGACAUGAUACAGUUGGGAUAAAGGCUUCUAUUCACAGUUCAGCCUGCAAGUAUGAGAGAUGUUGUUAGAGAAAGGAAGCACCAUGUAGUAGCACGAAUGGGUCUCUUCCUGUCUCUAAUGGUAUCAGCACUUAGCACCAUUGAUGCCCCCUUGUAGUUAUUGUUUUGUGAAUAAGGCCUUGCUACUUGCAUUUACUACUGUUCUUAUGACAUCAAAAACCAUAUGUGUUCUGCUACUUACAAUGUUUAAUGGAGCAGAAAUAUGUCAAACCUCGUUUACAAAAGGUAUUACUUGGUUGUAUGGCAUUUGAGAUAUAAGUUAAAAACUAUUAAAUCAGUUCAUAUUCUAUGUGUCAAUCGUAGCAAGUGCUGGAUUUUUCAUUUUUACUUGCAGUAAUGAAAUCUCAGUUCACAUCUAUUGGACAGCAGCUAUUAAACAUACAGUUGGUCCAAAUUGGUUCCACUGGAUCAUCGAAUUGGUGCUGUGCCUCAAAACCAGCUAAUUAAUACUGUGCGACUAUGAAAGCAACCAUUCAUGUACCUGCUACUACUGCAUCAGCUUACUUGUUUAAUAAAGUUACGUUUUGUUUUC